AUGGAGAAGCUGGGUUCCCCGGAACCUGCAGACCCCUCGCCGGGUGCAAGGCCGGUUGCUGGGGUUUCAGUUGAGGGAGACGAGGAGGCGACAGCGGUCAGCUCCAAACUCUUUCGGUGUGCAUGUGUGAGACGUUGGCUACCACUGGCCUACAGAGAAGAACUCUACCAAGUCUUACGGCUCACGGGCCCACUGCUGCUGUCUCGGAUUCUGAACUUCCUCCUGCCGUUCGUUAUCACCAUAUUCUGCGGUCACAUUGGCAAUGCAGAACUGGCUGGAUAUGCACUGGCCUCAGCGACCAUUAACUUGACCACAACCCCAACAGGCUUAGGCCUUGCUUUGGCUUGUGACACGCUCAUUUCUCAGACAUUUGGUGGUAAGAAUAUGAAACGUGUGGGAGUAAUCCUCCAAAGGAGUUCAUUGAUCCUGCUGCUGUUUUGUCUGCCAUGUUGGGGUGUUCUCAUCAACUCUCACAACUUACUACUCAUCAUACACCAAGAGGAUGAGGUGGCCAGAAUUGCCCAGCUCUAUGUGACUGCAUUUCUACCAGCUGUUCCGGCCAUGUUCCUGCACCAGCUGCAGGUCGCCUACCUACAAAACCAAGGGAUCAUUCUGCCUCAGAUGUACACAGCAGCCGUAGCAAACGUUUUGAACUUGGGGGUCAACUACAUCUUAAUUGUCGUCUUCCAUUUGGGUGUUGUUGGAUCAGCAAUCGCUAACAGCCUCUCUCAGAUCAGUAUCUGCCUGCUGUUGUAUGGCUACAUCAGAUGGAAGAACCUCCACAAGGAGACAUGGGGAGGCUGGUCCACUGACUGUCUGCAGGAAUGGGGCACCUAUAUGAAGCUGGCUAUUCCCAGUGUCUUCAUGGUCUGCUUUGAAUGGUGGAUCUGGGAGGUUGGAGGUUUACUUGCUGGUGUACUCGGCGAGGUGGAUCUUGCUGCACAGCAUGUGAUGGCGGAAAUAGCAGCCAUAACAUAUAUGUUCCCUCUAGGUAUCCAUGCAGCUGCCUGUGUGCGUGUUGGGAAUGCUCUGGGAGCCGGGGACACGGCCAGGGCCAUAGUCACCUGCAAAGUGACACUCGUUCUAACAGGAGUGCUUGCUGUGUUCCAGGGUAUCGUCAUCGCUGGCUAUAAGCCAGUCGUCGGCUACAUAUUCACCUCUGAUGAAAACAUUGUGGCGAUUGUCUCGGAGAGCCUCACAGUCUACAUGUUUUUACAGUUCUUUGACGCACUUCUGUGUGUCUGCACAGGGAUUCUUGUAGGAUCUGGGAUGCAGAAAAUUGCUGCCUUGUCCAACUUGGUGUCUUACUACUGCAUAGGUUUGCCACUGGGAAUAGCUCUGAUGUUUCCUGCCAAGCUCAGAAUAUUAGGCUUGUGGCUGGGUAUCUUUAUAUGCCUUAUCCUCGAGACAGGUUUUUUCCUCAUUCUGAUCUUCAAACUCAACUGGAAGAAAGUCACACAGAAGGCUCAACAGCGAGCUGGAAAGAAAGUGCUGGUGACACCAAAGCGACCUACUAGUACAUUGCUGAGUGAAGCGAUGCUGCCUGACAUCUCUGACUACCCUAACACAGCCCAGUCGGACGGGGAAGAAGCUCCCAGAGCAGAUGGCUACAAUCCCGUCAACAUUCAGGAUCAGGAGCUGAAAGCGGGUCAUGAGGCUGAGUGCAACAACACAAAUGUGCGAGAUACCAAGGGGGAUGCUGAACAGAGCAAAAACACCUCCAACACCAAACCUAAAGUGCCCCUUUCUGUCACUCAGCUGAUUUUACGUCGGGGAUCCUCUGCUUUGGUCUCUGUUCUCCUUUUGGCCGUAGGCAUUGCUUUCCACAUUGCUAUCCCAACACCGGAGCCCUCAGCUCAGAGCAGGGCAAACUUUACCCUGAGCUGGGCCAAUGACUCGACUCCCACACCACUGGCUCCGUUGGAACUGACCCCAAACCUCUGAGCCAUCUCUGACUUCUGAAUGUAGACACCUAGUGGCUGGGCACAAUUGACACAGUUCUCACAAACGGACACUUUAUUCCUUAAGAGAAAAAUGCUGAAUGCCUUCAAAGUUGCACAUCUACUCAUAAACCUGGGUUAAACAUCCAUAUACAGCCUGACAUGGUCCACUGACUCUGUCUUCUGCAGAGAAAAAGAUGUCUCAGUGCUGCACUGCUGAGCAAAUCCACAGAAAGCUGGAAGACUAAGACAGGAUGAACAAAGACCUUGAUACAAAGAUCGUGUUUUAACCUGCUCAGUCUGAAAUGCUCAACUGGGACUACAAGGUGCACUACAAAUCCCUCACUACGAGACCACAGCAGGUGCAGGAGCAGAUGUUUUUCCACAGAUAGCUUUUGAUUUUUCAAACUAUUGUUGUCUUGAUUUUACAUAUUGCACUGUGACAUUAUCUUCUUUCUAACUGACCUUAAUCACUGUGUCAUGUUUUAACUUUGAGUAUCAUAAGAUUGACUGUAAAUAUCUGAUGUAUAAUUUACAUGUAUACAUGUAAUAUGUAAUACACAGUAUAACCAUACAUUUUUGCAUUUUCUUCUUGUAUCACUGCCACUCUAUCUUGGUAUUCUCCAGGACAGAUGUGAUUAAGCCAGUCAUUUUUUUUACUGUAUAUUUUUGGC